GAAAGCGAAUGUGGUAUUUCAGAUAAGUUGCACUUGAGUCAACACAGAAUUGUGGGAGGACAAGAGGCACAACCAGGAUCUAUACCAUGGAUAGUGAUGCUGACCGAACUUGGAGAUCACGUAUGUGGGGGAAGUAUUAUUGGAGACCGAUUGAUAUUAACUGCUGCACACUGUUUUGAAGAUAGGGCUAGUUUAUCCGUAGGAAGAUGGAAAGUUAUUGCUGGGAAACAUAAUGUUGACAAAACCGACCCACAUCAGAGAGAGUUUUCUGUACAAAAAAUUAUCAUGCAUUCGGCUUACGAUUCACACACUGUUGCGAAUGACUUGGCUAUACUAGUUUUGCAGGACAGAAUAAUUUACGACGAGUUUAUUAAGCCUGCCUGCCUACCAGAUGGUCAAAACUAUAACGUAGGACAACACUGUAUAACUGCAGGAUGGGGAGAUACCCAAGCUACAGGGAACUUUGAUGUUCUGAAUCAAGUAGAAUUAGCGAUCAUCUCUGACAGUUUAUGUGUUAGACGAGACUGGUAUGGAAGUGAUUUCAUCCCGCGAACUACAUUCUGUGCAGGCUAUUCUCAAGGUGGAAAAGAUAGUUGUGGGGGAGACAGUGGAGGACCUUUCACAUGCAAAGUUGGAAGGAAAUGGAUUCAAAUGGGUGUUACGAGCUGGGGAAUUCUAUGUGGUGCACCUAAAUGGCCAGGAAUAUAUACAGACCUUACGCUAUAUAUAAACUGGAUUCGUGACCAAGCGCAAGUUGUCGGUCUCCGAUUAGAUUCUUGAUAAUUUUGGGAAGACUAGUUUUUAUGAGCAACAAGUAACUGAAAUUUAUUCCAAUUUUCAUAAAAAAGAUGUUUUUUUU